AUGGACCUUCGCUCUUGCUGUGCAGUUAUCGUCGGGUUGCGCUGGGCCGCGUUCGAGGCGUGGUUCGCGGAACAGGGCGGAUCGCGCCACGCGGGGGUGCAGCUCCGGACUCUUCCCACAUUCGGCCGCUCCGUCGUAGCCGCGCACGACAUCGCCGCAGGCGAAACGCUGCUCUCGGUCCCGUUUUCGCUCGUGGUCGACAGCGCCGACGCCCUGCUGGCGACCUCUGCUCCCGAGAUACGCCGAAUACUUGACGAGGAGUUCCCGCUGUCUCCUACCAACGAGAACGCGCUCCUUCUGCUGGUCCACAAGAACGACCCAAAUUCGCCCUGGCAGCGCUACAUCGAUGUCUUGCCAUCAACAUUCUCCACCACGCUCUUCUUCUCCGAUGACGAGUUGAGCUAUCUCGAGGGCUCGUCGCUUCACUAUUUCGCGCGUCAGCGGCGAAGGGCGAUCGAGUCACAGUACGACACCAUCUUUACGCCGCUGUUUGUGGACUACCCCGAGCACUUCGCGCCGGAGCAGUUUUCGCUCGAUGCGUGGAAGUGGGCGCUCUCAGUGAUCUGGUCCCGGUCGUUCGUGGUCGAUGAGGGGAAGAGCGGGCUCGUUCCCUGGGCGGACAUGUUCAACAUGGCGCCGGAAACCGAGCAGGUCAAGGUCGCAGUCGAUGCUGUCGACCAUCAUCUGAUCUACUCGGCGCGCAGCCCAAUCAAGAAGGGCGAACAGAUAUUCGUCGCCUACGGACAGUCCAGGCAGAUGAGCAACGCCCAGCUCCUCAUGGACUACGGCUUCGUGCUCGAGAAUAACCCUCACGACGCC